AUGGCGUCGACGCGACAUGAAUCGGCACUCGGCGACGCGUCGACGCCGCCGUCGCGCGCGCGGACGAUGACGCGCGCGCGCGACGACGGCGGCGCGCGCGAUCGACGCGCGCGUGGCGUGGACGCGGUGACGUGCGUGACGUGGAUGGCGCACGCAUCGGUGGGCGCGGCGAUCGUCUUCGCGUUGGCGGUGGCGCUCGCGAGCGCGGGGCUUGCGCCCGUGGGCUUGGCGCUGGUGCCGUGCGCGCUCGUGUUCUGGCAGCUCAUGGUGCCGAGCGAGGCGCUGGGACGGAUGCGGGCGAACGGGGCGACGAGCGCGCGGGCGCUCCGGGCGGUGGUGCGGCGGACGGCGGGCGACGGGGCGUGGGAAUUUUGGACGUCGACGUCGCGUGGAGUCGAAUCGAGGGGUGGUGGGAAGACGCGGGAGGUGGAGCGGAUGGCGCGGCGACGGCGGGGGGGAGUGGGGGGGACGGCGGCGCUGGAGGCGAAUCGACGGCGGCUGCCGCCGUUGAACGCGUGGCCGCAUCGACCGGUGUUCGUGCGCUCGAGUCCGAGGAGCGCGACGCAACGCGUCACCGAUGGGUGGGCGUCGAAGCGUGGACCGGUUUUUAAGGCGAAGGACGAGGAGGCGACGAUCGGGGUCGAGGAUGCGUGCGCGCCGGUGAACACGGAGACGGCGAUGUCGUUCGAGACGGAGCUCUUUGAGGGACGAAUAUUGUGUCGAUUCAAAGGCAUUGAAGACGCGAUGACGCGCACGCCCGACGAUUUCUACGCCACGAAGCGGGCGUCGUUUCAGGUCUUGGUGCAGGGUCGAUUCAAAGAGCGGGUCAAGGUGAGCGACGUCCUCACCGGCGCCGAGUUUGACAGAGAGUUUGAGAAUAAACCGCCGCGAGCGAUCGUCAUCGCUGGACAGGAAUUUUUCAAGCGCCUCACCCCGGGUUUAAUCGCGGAUGUUCUCUGCGAAGAGCCACAUUAUUACGCUCCCAUCGGGGCGACGCUCAGCGUACUCGCGGCGCACACGCCGGACGAGGCGCCGGACAUCACGUCGAAUAUAGAGGAAGAGACGCGUCGUUUCGGCGGCGCGUUCGCGAAGGGGGUGAGUAUCAGCGAGCGAUGUCGGAUUUUCUCCAAUCCUAAGCAAUCGAACGAGUACUUCUUCAACACAGAGGACGUGUACACGCUCGAUUACUUCCAAAACGUGUUGCUCUUUGACGAUUAUUGCCUCGACAUUGGGUUCGUCAAGCUUCCGCUCCGGCGCUGUCUCAACGGGCAACCCAUCAGUUUCUUCGCCAAGCAUCGCGACGGACGUUACGCGUACUCAUUCGAGAUUUGGCACGAAUGUCUGCUCGAUAAGGCUCCCGAGCGUACGCCCGUCGGUGCGGAUUGGCCUCCGUCGAAGUGA